UGCCGCUGGGUGUCCAUGGCCCUCACCCUCAAGCAGCUACUGCAGCAGUCAGAGUGGCAGCCAGAGGUUCAGUCCAUGCUGUGCCCCCUGGACAGUGCUGGCGAGGCUGAGCAAGAGGCCUCCACAUCUCAACACCUAAGAGAGUAGGGAAAGAUUAUUACCAGGGCAGAGGACCAUGUUGCGCCGCAAGCCCUCCAACGCCAGCGAGAAGGAGCCCACUCAGAAGAAAAAGCUCUCACUUCAGCGCUCCAGCAGUUUCAAAGAUUUUGCCAAAGCCAAACCCAGCUCCCCAGUGGUGAGCGAGAAGGAAUUUAAUCUGGAUGAUAAUAUUCCAGAAGAUGACUCAGGUGUUCCUACUCCAGAGGAUGCUGGGAAGAGUGGCAAGAAACUGGGGAAGAAGUGGAGGGCCGUGAUUUCCCGAACCAUGAAUAGGAAGAUGGGCAAGAUGAUGGUGAAGGCCCUAUCAGAGGAGAUGGCCGACCCUCUGGAGGAGGGCUCAGCCUCCCCAACAUCUCCAGACUGCAGCCUGGACAGCCCUGGCCCUGAAAAGAUGGCACUGUCAUUUUCUGAGCAAGAGGAGCGUGAGCUUCCAACACUCAGCCGCCAGGCAUCCACUGGCAGUGAGCUCUGCAGCCCCAGUCCAGGCUCUGGAAGCUUUGGGGAGGAUCCACCUGCCCCCCAGUACACAGGGCCCUUCUGUGGCCGGGCCCGAGUCCACACCGACUUCACUCCCAGCCCCUAUGACCACGACUCGCUGAAACUACAGAAAGGUGAUGUGAUCCAGAUCAUUGAAAAGCCGCCUGUGGGCACAUGGCUGGGCCUGCUCAAUGGCAGGCUGGGUUCUUUUAAAUUCAUCUAUGUGGAUAUGCUGCCCGAGGAGUCUAUGGGGACUACCCGUCCCAGCCGCCGACAGAGCAAGGGCAAGAGGCCCAAGCCCAAGACUCUGCAUGAGCUGCUGGAGCGCAUUGGCCUGGAGGAGCACACAUCCACCCUGCUGCUCAAUGGCUACCAGACACUGGAGGACUUCAAAGAGCUGCGGGAAACACACCUCAAUGAGUUGAACAUCACAGACCCACAGCACCGGGCCAAGCUGCUCACUGCUGCCGAGCUGCUGCUGGAUUAUGAUACCGGCAGUGAGGAGGCAGAAGAAGGUGCUGAUAGCAGCCAGGAACCAGCGGCGCACACCCUGUCAGACCCCAAGGGGGACAUCCCACGUGACUCAGGCUGCUUCGAGGGCUCAGAGAGCGGACGUGACGAGGCGGAGCUGGCGGGCACUGAGGAGCAGCUACAGGGCCUCUCUCUGGCUGGGGCGCCUUGAGCAGAGGUGAUGGUGGGCCGAGGCUGGGCCUGAGCAGCACAUGCAGCAGGGAUGAGUCCCAGCCUCCAGACGUAGCCCAGGCUGGAGGGCUGGCAGAGGACUGGUGCCUAACCUGGCCCUGGGCCCCUCUCCUCCCCCUGUGGUACCUAAGGCCGCAGCAGCUGGCCAGGGCCCUAGAGGCUUGACUGGAGUGGAUAAGGAGCCGCCGAGGGCACAUCACACCUGUCCGCUCCCCUCUCUCCACCAGUUAUUGACAGUACAGACCACUCUGGCCAUGUCCACAGCAAGUGGGGCACUGAGGGGUUACCCCACUCAUGUCCCUCACCACAAGGCCUCCAAAGCCUCCUCACUCCCACAGCACCUUCCCCUGUAGCACUAUUCCUGAAAGGGGGACCAAGUAUUUCAAGUCCAUCUCAGGACCCUGGGGAAGUUGGUCAUUUAAAAGGAUUCUAAUUGAUCAUGAGUAAAUCCAGAUUGUCCUCCAUAAGGUCUGAAGAAAGUAACAUUUACCUUUUUUACUUUCCUUCUCCUUAACUUUCUAGGAGAUUUAACCACUAAAUUACUGUCACUAAAAUCAAGUGUCUUCCCCAAUUUGGGUCUAGGACUGACUGGGAUUAGAAUGGAUAGACACUGAGGGCCUUGCCAACUCUGACAUUCUGUGACAUUAAAUGUCUGCUCUCCUGUUAUCUGUGGCCCAAGAUACCAGUGAGGCUUACUGAGGAGGCUGGAGGGACCUUAGGCUCCCAAAUGAAAUAUCUUCUCCUGCUCAUCAGUUCUGUUCCUCCCCACAUAACUCAGGCCAAGCUGCAACUUAGUCCAGCUUAAAGCAAUAUCCAUACCUCAUACAAUGUGCACCCUCCUUUUCCACUCCUGGCCCCCUCAAAUGACACUUUUCUCCAGGUUGAUGGCAAAUGGUCAGAUCUGACUUCCAAGGAUAGAAUGGUCCCUCAGAAGUCAGAUGCAGGUCUGGGCCCAGACUUGGCCUCUCAUGUGGGUCCUUACAAGCAAGAAAAGCACAAACUUGACACUGGGGAAUCCAUUACUCCAACUUUGCUUUGCUAAAGGUUUUAAUGUACCCUGAGAUGCAAAAGGGUAGGGAUAGUAUCUAUUGGUGGAGCUUCCCUUGACUCCAGCACCAAAUCUGUGGCCUGAGUCCCAGAGUAACUCUUCCCCGGGGCCAAACUAGCUCAGGGACAAACAAUGCCAACUACAUCUAGAACUGCCAGCUUAAUGGACAUACUUCUGGAUCUACGACCAGGAACUUUGGUAAAGCUAGC